GGUCACAGAAAGUAGUUCUUUGAGUCACAGAAAAACGAGAUAUAGUAGAUAAAAAGGACAGGAAGAAUAUUAUCUGUGACUCUUUUAAGAACAAUAAUAACAAAGAUAGGCAUGGCAGUAGUUUGUCUUGUAUUAGUUUUUAUCUGCACAUACGUGUGCCAGAAUUCAGCUUUAAGGUUGGAAUCGAAAGAGCGUCGUCAUUUGGAAAGUCCACUCUUCCAUGAUUGUCCAAAAGGAUUUUCUAGAUUUGGUAACUCAUGCUUUCACGUUGCGUAUGAUCUCGCCAACUGGCCGGAAGCUGUUGUAUACUGCCAAGUAUAUGGUUCCCAUUUAGCAUUCAUAGAAUCUGAAGCCGAGAGCCAGUUUGUGACAGCUUAUCUCAAGAAUUUUAGCGGUAAAGUAAUUUCUUAAGAAAUC